CAUGUCAGAGCCAGCUCCUGUCAAAAAGAAGCGCCCUCCUGUGAAGGAAGAAGACCUCAAAGGGGCUAAAGGGAAGCUCUCCAGCAACCAGGAAAUCAAAUCCAAAACUUACCAGGUCAUGAAGCAGUGUGAACAAGUUGGCUCGGCGGCACCAUCUGUAUUCAGCCGAGAUCGCACAGGAGGGGAAACAGUCUUUGAUAAGCCUAAAGAAGGGCCUGCAAAGAGCGUCUUUGGCUGACUGCCAAGUUCAAGAGGGGAGCUGAAUUGUCUUCAUGUAGUACUUAACCCUUUGUUUUGCUUUCACAUGCAACAGUCUUAUUACAGCACUGUUAACUUAAUUGUUUUAAUCAUUAACAAGAAAGCGUGAGUUGCAAAUUAAGCUUCUUUUUAUAUGUUGUUUAU